AUGCCGCGGGAUUUGAGUUUCGCAAUCUGGGCGAGGGUGGCGGCAUUCGCGGCUGCGACCUUCUUGCAGGCUGCCGCGCUGAGACUUGAGAGGAAAGAGCUGGAGGACGGGCUCGCGGUAGGCCUGGGACUGGUUGCGAUGGUUUUGGUUGCGAUUGUCGCAGUGGCGGCUGCGCCGGAAGCGGAUGAGAUCGAUGCUGCGGUGGUUGCAGUGGUGCUUGAGGGUGUAGUUGAGGUUGAGAGGGCGGAGGUGGCGGAGGUGGCAGGGGCUUGUGAGCUUGAGGCCACAGUGGUAGGGGUGGUGCUCGAGGAUGCAGCUACGGGUGUGUUUGAUGUCGCCACGGAUCUGGUAGUCGCAGUGGCGGCUGCGCCGGAAGCGGAUGAGAUCGAUACUGCGGUGGUUGCAGUGGUGCUUGAGGGUGUAGUUGAGGUUGAGAGGGCGGAGGUGGCGGAGGUGGCAGGGGCUUGUGAGCUUGAGGCCACAGUGGUAGGGGUGGUGCUCGAGGAUGCAGCUACGGAUGUGUUUGAUGUCGCCACGGAUGAUACUAUUGCCUGCGGGGCCGCGAGUGCUGUAGCGGCAAAGAGCAGGACGAGAGACGUUGGCUUCAUCUUGAUGGAAUGCUGUAGGAUUGAGAAGCGGAGACUCGGGAUGCUGUAG